ACAAUUAUGUUUACACUGUAAAACCUAUAUUCAAAUAAUUUAUCAACGUUAUUAAGGUUCCAACAAAGAAGAAUUGCUCGCCACUUACGUGUUCACAUCGAACAUUUUUUACACAACGCUGUUUGGUUGUUGGUUGUUGACUUGCUGGCUUGCAGAAGAAGAAGAUAUAAAUAUUACAACAGCGAGCGGGCGGUUAGCCAGUUGUAAAUUGCUUAUCUAAAAUCAGGUUUUGUUCAAUUUUGUUGCUGUCUUUAAAAGGUUUUUUUUUUUCUUUUGCUAAUUUGGUAGCAUUAAGUAUAUAAUCAUAAAAAAGAAAAUUUUCUUCAAGAGAUAAAAUGAACGAAAUUGAAACAACGCAAAUUAUUUCCAAAGCUUUGAAACAACAGGGCGUAGAAUAUGUUUUCGGUAUUGUGGGGAUUCCUGUGGUGGAAUUAUCUAUGGCUUUGCAAAACGCUGGUUUGAAAUAUAUUGGAAUGCGCAAUGAACAAGCAGCAUGUUAUGCUGCGCAAGCUAUCGGCUAUUUGACGGGGAAACCAGGUGUAUGUUUAGUGGUUUCUGGCCCUGGUUUAUUGCAUGUUAUUGGUGGAAUGGCAAACGCUCAAAUGAAUUGUUGGCCACUUUUAGUUCUGGGUGGUGCCACCAAUCAAGAUCACGAGGGUAUCGGUGGUUUCCAAGAGAGUCCUCAAGUUGAAUUAUCCCGUCCCUAUUGCAAAUAUGCAGCUCGGCCGCCAACGGCUGCCCUAAUACCUUUACAUAUUGAAAAAGCUGUUCGAUAUGCUACCUAUGGACGUCCUGGUGUGUCUUAUUUGGACUUUCCAGGCAAUUUAUUACAAACUACUGCUCCUAGAGAGGAAAUUUAUAAUACGGUCUGCCACGGUCUACCCCCUUUAAUAUAUCCCGUUCAUGAUGAUGUAAUAAGAGCCGCUCACCUUCUACGUUCUGCUGAAAGGCCCUUGAUUAUCAUAGGCAAAGGAGCGGCUUAUGCGAAAGCCGAGAAUAUCUUGAGACACUUUGCUGAAAACACAAAUUUUCCAUUCUUACCUACACCGAUGGGAAAAGGCGUAGUUUCCGAUACAGCUGCACAAUGUGUAUCAUCGGCUCGAACAUUAGCUUUGCAAAAAGCCGACGUAAUUUUGCUUUUAGGAGCUAGACUUAAUUGGAUUUUACAUUUUGGACGUCCGCCACGUUACAAUAAAGAUGUGAAAUUCAUACAGGUUGAUAUAUGUGCCGAGGAAUUGAAUAAUUCUGUCAAAGCUACUGUUGCCAUACAAGCUGAUAUUAAACCUUUUGUUGAGCAAUUGUUCGAAGAAAUGAACGCGGUGAAUUUUCACUUUGACAGCCACCGACCGUGGUGGCACCAAUUAAAUGAAAAAUGUCAGCAGAAUCGUGAAAUGUUUCUUUCCUUAGCAAUGGAUACUUCACCUCCUUUGAAUUAUUACACUGUCUUUCAUCAUUUAUAUCAAUUAAUACCCAAGGACGCUGUAAUCGUUAGUGAAGGAGCAAAUACAAUGGACAUAGGACGUGCUGUGUUGUUAAACUCUUUACCGCGUCAUCGUUUAGAUGCAGGUACAUUUGGUACAAUGGGCGUUGGUUUAGGUUUCGCGAUAGCUGCCGCUUUUUAUUGCCGUAACCAAUGCCCGGAAAAGCGGGUAAUAUGCGUGGAGGGUGAUAGUGCUUUCGGUUUUUCUGGGAUGGAAUUGGAAACGAUGGUCCGCUAUAAACUGCCUAUAAUUAUAAUAAUAGUAAACAAUAACGGCAUAUACGGGGGAUUUGAUCAAGAAACGUUCAAUGAUCUACGUAGUGAUGGAGAUUUGUCGCAAGUAACACCGCCAUCAGCUCUAACUGUUGAGGUUCGUUAUGAACGAAUGAUGGAAAUGUUUGGCAUGAAAGGUUACUUUUGUAAGACAAUACCGGAACUUCAGCGGGCUAUUAAAGAAUCAUUACAGUUGAUAGAUAUGCCUACAAUAAUCAAUGUGGCUAUAGAUCCGACAUCAGAUAGAAAGCCUCAAUCUUUUCAUUGGUUAACUGAAUCAAAAUUAUAGAGACGCAAGCAAGCAUACGAUUUGCGGUACAAUGCAUUUUACACGCACACAACAUUUAUAAUUUUUAUCCCCAUAAAGUUAAUAUAAUUGUGGAAUUUGCUGUUUCGGUAAACACUAAGUUUUUAAGCUGUAUGGGACGAUGGGACGAAUUUAUUUCUCUUAGAAAAACGCGAUUUUUCUUCCAAAAUGACGUUUAUUUU